CCUGAAAUAUCAGAAAAGAUGGACAAGCCACUGAUCAGUCACCGCCUGAUGGACAGUGACAGCAGUCUUGCUGAGGUUCCCACUAAGGCCCCCAAAGUAGGCAUCCUGGGCAGUGGGGACUUUGCCCGCUCCCUGGCCACACGCCUGGUGAACUCUGGCUUCAGCGUGGUGGUGGGGAGCCGCAACCCCAAACGCACAGCCAAGCUGUUCCCCUCUGCAGUCCAAGUAACUUUCCAGGUGGAGGCGGUGAGCUCCCCUGAGGUCAUCUUUGUGGCUAUGUUCCGGGAACAUUACUCCUCACUAUGUGUUCUCAGUGACCAGAUAGCUGGCAAGAUCCUGGUGGAUGUGAGCAAUCCCAUAGAGCAGGAGCACCUUCAGUGUCGUGAGUCUAAUGCUGAGUACUUGGCCUCCCUCUUCCCCACCUGUGCAGUGGUCAAGGCCUUCAAUGUCAUCUCUGCUUGGACCUUGCAGACCGGCCCAAGGGAUGGGAACAGGCAGGUGCCCAUCUGCAGUAAUCAGCUGGAAGCCAAGCGCACUGUCUCAGAGCUGGUGCAUGCCAUGGGAUUCUCACCAGUGGAUAUGGGAUCCCUGGUUUCGGCACGGGAGGUGGAGGCCAUGCCCCUGCGCCUCCUGCCUGGUUGGAAGGUCCCCGCCAUCCUGGCCCUGGGGCUCUUUGUCUUCUUCUAUGCCUACAAUUUUAUCCGAGAUGUGUUGCAGCCCUAUGUGCAGGAAGGCAAAAACAAGUUCUACAAGCUCCCAGUGUCUGUGGUCAACAUGACUCUGCCCUGCGUGGCCUAUGUGCUACUCUCACUGGUGUACCUUCCCGGCGUGCUGGCAGCUGCCCUGCAGCUGUGGCACAGCACCAAGUACCGCCGCUUCCCCGACUGGCUGGACCACUGGCUGCAGCAUCGCAAGCAGAUCGGUCUGCUGAGCUUCUUCUGUGCCACCUUGCACGUGCUCUACAGCUUCUGCCUGCCUCUGUGCUACUCCUAUAGCUACAACAUCAUUGACCUUGCCGUCAAGCAGGUCUUGGUCAACAAGAGUUACCUCUGGAUUGAGGAGGAAGUCUGGCGGAAGGAAAUCUACCUUUCCCUGGGAAUACUGGCCUUUGGCACGCUGUCCCUGUUGGCUGUCACCUCGCUGCCAUCCAUCGCAAACUUACUCAACUGGAGGGAGUUCAGCUUCAUUCAGUCCACUCUGGGCUUUGUGGCCCUUGUGCUGAGCACACUGCACACGCUCACCUAUGGCUGGUCCCGUGCCUUCGAGGAGAGCUCCUACAAGUUCUACCUGCCUCCCACCUUCACGCUCACGCUGCUGGUGCCCUGUUUGGUCAUCUUGGCCAGAGGCCUGUUACUCCUGCCCUGCUUCAGCCACAGACUCGCCAAGAUCCGGAGGGGCUGGGAGAAGGCAGACAGCAUACAGUUCAUUCUGCCCGAGGACCACACCCUUGCCCAGAAGACAAGCUGCGUGUGAGGUGCCUGAUCCCUCUGGAAACUCUGAGCACA